AUGUUUCCAAAUCGUCUAGUUUUAGGAGAAUUAGAAAUAUUUCAUCAUCUUUUUUUUUUUUGUUUUACUAUAUUUUUAAAUGCAAAUCUUAAAAUAGAGUUCUGCUGGGCAGUUUCUAAGUACAUAGAAUUUGGAGGUAAAAUUCAAAAUAGAGUUGAAUUACACAACAAAAUAUUUACUGGCUUCAAGGAAAAUAAAUUUGGCACAAGCAUUCAAAACUUCUCAUCAUCGUAUGACAUUAAAAAAAGUACUUCGUGUUUAACAGAUUAUGCUAGUGAUAGUUAUAUAAUAGUUGGUGGUGAUGAGGAAAUUGCACCAAAUAUCGAUAAUGAUAAGAUCAUAACAGUCUAUGAAUUAUUGGAUAAUAAACUACAAGCGCAAUUGCUUGAAUUGCUUGAGCAUGUGGUGCUUCAUUCUGGUACAAAUGAAGUAGAAUUUGAUAACAAAAACAUUAUAAAGUCCAAAAAAUUACAGUUAGAUAUUCCAGAAAAUAUCCUAGAUAACAUGGAAACUAACCAUAUAUAUGCAACUGUUUAUAAUACUAAAUAUAUUCAUGAAAUUUUUUUUGUUCAUGUAGUAUACUACCCUAACAAAAGCUCCAGUUUAAUAUUAAAUUGUGUCAAAACAAAGGAAGAAAAAGAAUUAUUGUCGAAAAAAGAUUUUAAACAUAUCAUAAAAGUUUCUUGGAUCAUUGUUGGAUCUCGCAUUAAUUUCAAGUUUAAAUCUUCGUUAACAUUUGUGCUAAAUAGUUACACUUUAAAAGAUCCACUGCAAAGGUUUUAUGACAAUUCUGAACUCAACUAUAUCAAAAAGAAGAUAGAACGAGAUCUUUCUAAAGAAAUUAAGCACCUCAAUUUUAGUAUGUGCUGUCUUGGAAUUUGUGCAUUUAGAUGUCAAGACACAGACGAUAUUGAAUCUGCAAUUAUUGCCGGACUUCACUUUUGUCAUGUUGAUGGACAGAAAUGUGAACCAUGUACUUAUAUAUUUGAUAUAGUAAAAGUUCACUUGAGUAUUAUCAAUGCUAAACAAGAAUGUAAUGAAGUGAAAUGGACAAAAUGUGAUGAUCAUUCAACAUAUAAAGGUGAAGAAUGA